GGUUUGAAGUUUCUUUCUCUCUUUUUCAGAGACGGGUGUACAGAACAACAACACACGUGCCAUGCGAAUUGGGACAGAUCAUGGAUUCAGAAACAUUUGAAAAAUCUCGCCUGUAUCAGUUGGACAAGAGUACUUUCAGCUUCUGGUCAGGGCUGUACUCAGAGCUGGAGGGCACUAUGAUUCUCAUCUGCGGAGGAAUUCCUUUUCUCUGGAAUCUGUCUGGUCAGAUUUCAGGCCGUGCUGGGUUUGGACCAGAAUAUGAGAUUGUUCAGUCGUUGGUGUUCCUGCUGCUCGCAACGCUGUUCAGUGCCCUGACUGGUCUCCCAUGGAGUUUAUAUAACACUUUUGUCAUAGAAGAGAAACAUGGCUUCAAUCAGCAGACACUGGGAUUUUUUUUUAAGGAUGCCAUCAAGAAGUUUAUCGUGACACAGUGCAUUCUGUUGCCAGUGACAUCCCUCCUGCUUUAUAUUAUUAAAAUAGGGGGAGACUACUUCUUCAUCUAUGCCUGGCUCUUCACAUUAGUUGUGUCCUUGGUGAGUAUAUGUUUGUGUUCCUUCCAAAUACAUGGCUUGGUGUGCUGACCUGUACAUAUUACAUAACUGAAAAGAACAUAGGAGAAGAAUCUGCAUCUCCAGGCAGUUUUGGUGCCUGCAGUGUUUAAUAAAUGUUUUCUCAUGUUCUCACUGCACCUGUUCAGGAGUAAUAGCUCAUAUUAAUUGCCCAUGCUAAUUUGAUAUUUUAGAUUUUAUUUAUUUUGCAUUGGUUCAGCGAAAAAUAAACAUUCAAAAAACUUUAGAACAGAUACUGUAAUUAAAAUGCUGCAUAAUGAUAGGAUGGCUGGACUGGAUGCUCUUAGAGGUCUUGUCCAACCUUGAUGGUUCUAUGAUCCUGUUUUCCUUUUUCAUACCUAUAGAAAGGGAGCCAAGACAACGAGCACUGGUUUAACAAGACAAGACAAAAUGUGCCUUGGUCAGUAAUGUUCCCACAGGGCUUCUUUUCCACGUAACAAAACACCAAUUUGCAGUUGUUUUGCUUUGCACUGAGACAAUUAACCGGUUUCCAUUUCUUGCCCUGCUGAUAUAUCUGCUUUUAUAGACUGAAUUGGUAAUUGAAGGAUCCUUUUGUAUCCAUUAAAAUGAUUUCAUGUUUGAUGUGGAACUCCAUGGUGACAUAUAGUAGCAGCAGUGCCCUGCUGAAGCAAUGAGUUUAGCUCACAAAUACUGCUCAGAGAUCUUUCAAGAUUUUUUCUUUGUGUUUCCCUCUUCUCCCACCUCCCCCUUCUAUCUCCCCUCUUCCUGAGGGUUAAGUCCAUGCCCACACCACUGGCUCCCUCCAGUUAUUUUGCAGUGCCACUGCAGCUUUACCAUGGCAUUUAUUGUGCUUUGAUGCCUUGAUGUAUGGGUUUGAAUGGUCUUUGACACACAAAACAUUAAGAGGUGUUAAGAGUUAUGCUUUAGAGUUCUCUUUAGGGGAAAAAAAAAGUUGUAAUUGCAUUUGAUUGCUGGAGUUGCAUCCUUCUACCAGUCUGUUAGUCCUGCUGAUAUCAAGAGAUUACCCAAAGAUAAUAGCAGAUAAGUGGCUGGUGGGCAAAAAAACACACAACUGUCAAUGUCCAUUUGCUUCUCAUGCUUUGUCCCUUUCCUCUAACUAGAACUUAAACUUCUUCCAAGUCCAGUCCUUUUCUUAAGAGAAAAA